ACGCAUGCGCAGUUUAUUAGGCAAUACUGCUUGUUCACUUCACCUCCUAUUUCUUCUCGAGUGGACCAUGUUUCGCCAGGCUGUUAGAUCUCUUUGUAGAAGUUCUACAAAAAGUUCUCUUAUAAAAGAAACUCAGAAAAGACUCCUUCCAGCAUGUAUAUCUAAUUCUCAAAGAUUUGUUUCAACCGAGGUUUCAAAAAACCAAGCAGCACCUGCUGUAGCUGCUAAGAAUGCUCCAGCUAAACAAGAAGUAGCUGGUGGUUCAAUAGGAAAGGUUGUUGCUGUUAUUGGUGCUGUUGUAGAUGUACAGUUUGAAUCAAAUUUACCUUCCAUUCUUAAUGCCUUAGAAGUACAAGGACGUGAAUCUAGAUUGGUUUUAGAAGUUGCACAGCAUUUAGGAGAAAAUAUUGUUAGAACUAUUGCCAUGGAUGGUACAGAAGGGCUUGUGCGUGGUAAUCUAGUUGUUGAUAGUGGUAGUCCUAUUUGCAUUCCUGUUGGACCUGAAACAUUAGGUAGAAUAAUGAAUGUUAUUGGUGAGCCUAUUGAUGAAAGGGGACCAAUUAUUACAAAAACCAAAGCUCCUAUUCAUGCAGAAGCUCCAGCUUUUGUUGAAAUGAGUGUCCAGCAAGAGAUUUUAAUCACUGGUAUUAAAGUUGUAGAUUUACUAGCACCAUACGCAAAAGGUGGUAAAAUCGGACUUUUUGGUGGUGCUGGUGUUGGAAAGACCGUAUUAAUCAUGGAGCUAAUUAAUAAUAUUGCCAAAGCUCAUGGUGGUUAUUCUGUGUUUGCUGGUGUUGGAGAACGAACACGUGAAGGUAAUGAUUUAUACCAUGAGUUUAUGGAAACUGGAGUAAUCAAUUUGAAAGAUAAAUCAUCUAAAGUAGCUUUGGUUUAUGGCCAAAUGAAUGAACCUCCAGGUGCAAGAGCAAGAGUUGCUUUAACUGGUCUUACAGUUGCUGAAUAUUUUCGAGAUGUUGAAGGGCAAGAUGUGCUAUUGUUUAUUGACAACAUUUUCAGAUUUACACAAGCUGGUUCAGAAGUGUCUGCUCUUUUGGGUCGUAUUCCUUCUGCUGUAGGAUACCAACCUACCUUGGCCACUGAUAUGGGUACUAUGCAAGAGCGUAUCACUACAACUCGAAAAGGUUCAAUUACAUCAGUGCAAGCUAUUUAUGUGCCUGCUGAUGACUUAACAGAUCCUGCACCUGCUACUACCUUUGCACAUUUAGAUGCAAACACUGUAUUAUCUCGUGGAAUCGCUGAGUUAGGAAUAUACCCUGCUGUUGAUCCUUUAGAUUCAAAUUCACGUAUUUUGGACCCAAAUAUUGUAGGUCAAAAGCAUUAUGAUGUUGCACGUAGUGUUCAAAAGAUAUUACAGGAUUACAAAUCGCUCCAAGAUAUUAUUGCUAUUCUUGGUAUGGAUGAGUUGUCUGAGGAAGAUAAAAACAUUGUAGCUCGUGCAAGAAAGAUUCAGAAGUUUUUAUCUCAACCUUUCCAAGUUGCUGAAAUAUUCACUGGUCAUGCCGGAAAACUUGUUCAAUUAGAAGAAAACAUUGCUGGUUUCGAAAAAAUAUUAAAAGGAGAAAUGGAUCAUUUGCCUGAAGUUGCGUUUUAUAUGGUUGGAAAUUUAAAUGAUGUGAUAGAAAAAGCCGAACGUCUUGCAAAGGAGACCUAAAAUAAAUAAAAGAUAAUUUUAAAACUAACAAUGCUCUUCAAUUCAAUCAUAUUUUUUAAUCAGCCAUAGGAAAGAAACAUUCGUUUAAUAAAUUUAGUACUAACUUU